AUGAUGAAUUUUAGUAUAAAUAUAGCUAGUACAUUUUUUCUGCUCUCUGUAGCAUUUUCGAGUAUGAAUGGCCUCGCACAAUUCAUGGAGGUUGAACAGGAACAAGAUGUUAGUAACUGUACGUUGACUAUGUUUCAAAAUGAUACAAACGCAUAUUACGCUUGCCUGACGCAGUAUGCACUUCAACAGAAUUGGUUUCCUUCGCCAAUUGCUGGUCUAUUCACGUAUUUGGACUGGAAUGGUUUCGAUGGCUUCUGGCAAAAUGGUGCUGUACUCGAAACAAUGGCAAAUUUCUGCCAUUAUGGAAACAAUACUCGGUAUAGGAAUGUCCUGGUUAGCUCCUGGAGGACAAUGGAAUACCUCCUAAAAGCCUAUUGGCCACUCCCGUCGUACGAUGACGAGGGUUGGUUCGGCCUUGCGUUCUCGAGGAUUUACGAAGUCACGGGAAACGCGAGCUUUCUUCAAAUAUCAAGAAAUGUUACAGACUACCUCUGGACAAAUGGUUGGGACUCAACUUUGCAAUGCAAUGGUGGAUUUUGGUUUGGAGGAGGACACUUAUCAAAGAAUACUAUUACAAGUGUGCAGAUGUUGUCCCUGACCGCUAGAAUGUACCGGGCUACUAAAAACGAAAGCUACCUAGCAUGGGCAAACCUCACCCUAAACUACCUCGUGAAAUCCGCAUUGAACCACACAACAUAUCUUGUGUCUGAUGGUAUCGCCGACACGUAUGAUUGUACUCAGCGCCAAAAUUAUAACAUUACAUACAAUGCUGGUUUAUUUAUAGGCGGUUUAGCUGAAUUAUACAAAAUUAACAAAAAUGACUCUUAUCUAGUUUUAGCUGAUAAAAUAGCUCGGGCUACCAUCGCAUAUAAUAGUAAAGAUGGUGUAUUGCAAGAAUAUUGCGAUUGGGACAAUGCGUGUCAACAUGAUCUUGAUGGACAAAUGUUCAAGGGUAUUUUUGUUAAGAAUCUUCGAUAUCUAAUGGAUGUAUCGGACAAUUCAAACAGGGAGUUUUAUUCUCAAUGGCUUCAGAAUAACAUCAAGUCUGUAAUAAAAAAUAGUAUUUGUGAUAAACGUCCUGUAAGUCAAUGCAACAUAUCUUAUCUCGAUGGUCCGUCAAAGAAUCCGGCAGAGGGGCCGAUAUUUACGGAAAACUGGCUCGGUCCUUUCGACAGAGCAACGCCGAUGUCGCAGACAGCCGUUUUAGAUUUAUUAAUUGCUAACAUUAAAGAUGGCGUCACAUGUAAAGGACCCGGAUGUGCUUUCAACCCUGAAUUGCCACCUAUUGUCAAACUUCAUUGUAGUGACAACCCAUGUCCUCGUCAUUACGCGUGCUGUGCUCGAGAAAAGGGCAAGUUCACCACAUGUUGUCAGCCUUAUCAAACUUGUGAAUCUGAUGGUGGUUGUUAUCCACCUUAAUUUCAACUCAAGGGAUAUAUUGGUAAAGCUGAAAAUGUUGACUUCUAAUAUUUCGAAGAUAUUGUUUUCUGAAUAUCCUCAUUGACUGCAAUGUUCUAAA